AUGGGUAGCACCCCAGGCUCAGAAUAUAUGUGCGAGGCUGCCGCUGUAAUUACUUGUCUUACAACCGAAAUUUCAGCCGCCUUCGAGGGAGAAAAUAUUCCGCCGGCAAACGUGCAAAAUGACACCACAAGUACCACGGAUCAUCUUGAUAGGUCUGCUGUUGCUGCAGCUUCUAGUCCUUGUUCAAAGCUUCUCGGAAAUCCGCAAAAUGUGCCCCAAACACCAGAUACAAAAUACGAACAAGUGGAGUCCGUCGACUUUCCAGGGAGAAUAUCUAACAUGCCGUGUGAACGAUGCAAGUGUUUUUCUGUCGAAGACCUAUCUCAGUCUCGGCUGUCAUAUUACCUCGAAGACAUCCUCCCUGAUUUGCCAAAGCUCAGGUCCUCCUCGGAGAAUGGCUGCGGUCUUUGUAGUGACCUAGUGGAAUUUAUAACUUCACAUCUCGAUGGGUCAACUGAUUGGCCAUUGGCCAAACCUUAUGGUAUUGAAGUUACCGCCAAGUUAAAUACAAAAAAGCCAUCUCUAUCUACGUUUAGUGGCUUUAACGUGCGCUUCGUUUCUGAAAAGGGAGAUCAAUCAUUACGCGUAGUGUACCGUAAAUAUGCUCCCAGGACCAGGUCCGUCGAUAUAAGAAUUCCGCGUCUUCGGACUUCUUCAACCCUUUCUCUCGAGAACAUAUCUAUGGUGCGGAGUUGGAUUAUAGAUUGCGAGACUACUCACGACAAUUGCCCGAAUGUCGGCGAAGUCUGUCUGCCAACUCGAGUCAUUGAUGUUUCGAUUCCAAUACCUCUUCUUGCCGAGUCUUCGGGACGAAUAGGACGUUAUGCAACCCUUUCGUAUUGCUGGGGCAUAUCGCAGGAAAAUUCCUACGAGGACCAAUAUAUGACUAAAUCCAAUACAAUCACUUCUCGGAUUCGAGGCAUGCCACUUGAAGAAAUGCCUCAAACCUUCCAGGAUGCGGUAAAGACAACUAGAUUCCUUGAGAUACAAUAUCUUUGGAUCGAUGCACUUUGCAUUAUACAAGACGAUCUUAAGGACAAAGAAAAAGAAAUUCCCAAGAUGACAUCAAUCUACAAGAAUGCGAUAAUAACUCUCUCAGCAAUACAAGCAACAAAUAGCAAGACAGGAUUUCUUGCUCGAGAUGCCAUACCAGCCCCAACAAUCAUCAUGCCAUACUUAUCUUUCAAAGCCGCCCCUCAAUCAUGUUAUUAUAUGUAUGCUGAGCGAGACCAGAAAGCAAGCUCUCAGAUAGAAAAUAGAUGGGGAGGUGAUGUUGACAGUUCUGAAUGGGAUAAAAGAGCGUGGACUUUCCAAGAACGCCUGAUAUCUCGUCGAAUACUUCACUUCACCCAGAAAGCCCUCUUUUUUGAAUGUCAUACAUCAGAUAUAUCAGAAGAUGAAUACUCGCAUGGUAUUCACAUGUCUACUAAGCCUCCUAGGCAAAACCGUGUGAUUGGGACAUUAGAGCGUCUUCCGGACCAAUUCGUGGUGGACAAGCGAAAGCUUUUUAAUACUUACUACAAUCUAGUCGCGCGCUAUUCAAGUAGAUCACUGAGCUACCAAGACGACAAGGAGAAUGCGUUCUUCGUAGUCAUCUCGCGGUUCAAAGAGGUUCUGCCAUCCCAAUAUGCGGCUGGUAUCUGGUUGUGUGAUAUAACUCAAGUCUUUUGGAUCUUUGGACCAAACGCCAACCGCCCCCAGCUACAGGGUUUCGGUAGCUCUGAUCAGACACCUAGCUAUGAACCUCCAGGCGACGGUACACCCGCAAAGCUACACGUUCCAGCUGUCAUGGUGAAUAUAGAUCAAUAUAUCAUAGACACUCGAAGUGUACACAAUUCCCGAGCCGUUAGGAUUAAGCUCCAGGGAGAUACCUUCGGUUAUGGUGAUUUAGAUGAUUACAGUAUUGAGCCAGCCUCCAUGCUUAUGUGUUGUAUUGGAAAAAAGACCGAGUACGUGAAGUAUAAGGGGCUGGCAAUUGGAGGGCUGUUAGUUGAGCCAGUAGUUGGCGAAAAUAAUUGUUUCCGUCGAGUCGGAUUUUUUGAGUCCUCAGGCCAGCCAGAAUGGCAGUUGAACAUGCUGGACAAUGAUAUUGAGUAUGAAGAACUCGCUGAGGAUGCAACGCGUUUGGGACGAAAACAUUAUGAGCGUUUCAGUGAUUUCAUUUUUGGUCGAUCUGUGGCUUCUAUUACGCUGGUUUAG